CUGGCCUCUUUAUAACGCCUCCCCACCCCCUGUCCCCCAGAUUCAAUUCCACAGCUCUUUUCCACUGUUUGGCUUCCCCCAGAUUUUCUUUCAAUCUUACAAUGCCGUCUCCACCUCCCGAUUGGGUUCAGGCCCUCAAGCCGGCCGACCCGCAGGGCUCGCACUUGCUUCAAGAGGAGCGUGCUCAGUCCAACGUCGCAGUGGACAAGCUCGGUGAGCUACUUCACACGAAAGACUUCCUUGACCGUCAAGACAAAAUCCUGUCCAUUCUCAAGUCGGAGAAAGUCUUCGACAAGUCCGACAACCACACGUUAGGCCGGACCGAGCGCAUUCAACGGUCCCUGGCCAAGGCCAAGCGGCUGCAUCAGCUGGCUGAGCAGAACCGCUGGUCGGACGCCGAGUUCCACACUGCAAAUGACUUGCUUUCAGAGCCUACGCCGUAUGGUCUGCACGCCACCAUGUUUCUGGUCACCUUGCGGGAACAAGGCACCCCGGAGCAACACAAGCUUUUCUACGAGCCGGCUCAAAAUUACAAGAUCUUGGGAUGCUAUGCGCAAACAGAAUUGGGUCACGGGUCUAAUGUCCGCGGGCUUGAGACCACCGCUACCUGGAACCCGGAGGACAAGACAUUUACCAUCCACUCCCCUACGCUGACUGCCUCCAAAUGGUGGAUCGGCUCUCUGGGACGUACUGCCAACCACGCAGUGGUGAUGGCGCAGCUCUACAUCAAGGGCAAGAACUACGGUCCUCACCCUUUCGUGGUGCAGAUCCGUGACAUGGAGACGCAUCAGCCUUUGGAGAACGUAUACGUGGGUGAUAUCGGACCGAAAUUUGGAUACAACACGAUGGACAAUGGUUUCCUUCUGUUCAACAAGGUCAAGGUCCCCCACGUGAAUAUGCUGGCUCGCUUCUGUCGCGUGGAUCAGGCGACUAGCGAGUACCAGCGCCCGGCUUCCCCUUCCUUGGUUUACGGUACCAUGACCUGGGUCCGUUCCAACAUUGUCCUUCAGGCCGGUGGUGUCCUUGCUCGUGGUGUCACCAUCGCCACCCGGUACUGUGCUGUGCGUCGACAGUUCCAGGAUCGCGAUGCCAAGAGCCACGAAGGAGAGAACCAGGUGCUUAAUUACAAGAUGGUCCAGAUCCGUCUUCUCCCCUUGCUUGCGUCGAUGUAUGCCCUGCACUUUACCGGUCGGGGCAUGCAGAGACUCUACGAGGAAAAUCAGACCCGCAUGAAGGCCGCCUCGGAGCCGGGACAGGACAAGCGUGGUGCCGGUCCUGAGCAGUUGAGGGCUGGAGCGGAUUUGUUGGCCGAUCUCCAUGCUACGUCUUGCGGUCUCAAGGCAUUGGCUAGUACGACGGCGGGUGAAGGUCUUGAGGUGUGCCGUCGUGCCUGCGGUGGUCACGGAUACAGCAGCUUCAGCGGCAUUGGACCCUGGUACUCGGAUUAUCUGCCCACACUCACCUGGGAAGGCGACAAUUACAUGUUGACGCAGCAGGUGGCAAGAUAUCUUUUGAAAUCUGCUCGCGCUGUUCUUGCUGGCAAGGGAACCGGCAACGACACCUCCCAGAUUCUGCAGACCUACCUCAACCGCCGCGACAAGGGCGCUUCGUUUGACAUCCUCGGAAACGAUGCGGACAUUGUGGCUGCCUUUGCUUGGCGCACAGCUCACAUGACCUUCGAGGCCCUCAAGCACCGGGACGUCGAGAAGCGCUCGUGGAACAGUCUUCUGGUCGACUUCUGGCGCUUGUCGACUGCUCACUCCCAGUACCUGGCUGUCAAGAACUUCUACGAGGCGGUCAACUCGAAGGAGGUGGCGUCGGCCGUCGACGGUGCGACGACUGAGGUCCUGCAGAAGCUGUUCCGCUUGUACGCUCUGCACACUCUGGAGCGUGAAGCUUCCGAGUUCUUCUCGUCGAGCGCGGUCACGGUUCGCCAGAUUGGCCUGGCUCGGGAGAACGCGGUGAUGAAGCUUUUGGAUGAUAUCCGGCCCCACGCCGUGCGGCUGGUGGAUGCCUGGAAGAUUCCGGACUGGCAGCUGGACAGCAGUCUAGGCAAGUAUGACGGCGACGUCUACCCUGAUCUGUUCCGCCGGGCUAGCCAGAAUCCGGUCAACGAUCUGGUGUUCGACCCCUAUCCUUGGAACGCGGCUGUCCUCAAGAACAGCCCGCCCAAGAGCAAGCUAUAA